GUAUAGGAUGCCAUCCCAUAAUGAUCCUUUAAAAAUCCGGCCAUAGCAACUUGGGUUUAGGACCUGUAUAUAGGGGCUUGAAAUUCUGCCUUGCCUGCAUUCUGUGGAUUGCGGUUCCCAGGGAUUGUCUCAACCAUGUAUAGUUUGGUGAGCCGAAGAGGCCGGUGCGUCUGCCUCCUAUUCCUUGUUGCUAUCAUAACUUUUUGCCGGGCGCAGGAGCUCAGCUCAUCAUCUCCCAGCUCCUAUGAGGAUGGUUACCCUGCGCAUUUACCAUGCAUGGACAACCACCGCCGGAUAUAUUUCCACGGGGAAACCUUGAAGAUGACCAGGUGUUCGUCCUGCACGUGUAACAACUCCACUCUCAGUUGUAUGUUCGAGUCCUGCGGGCCGGCAACAUGUGACAACCCAGUAGGAUUUCCGGGCGUCUGUUGUCCAGUCUGCCCUUACAAUAUAACGGUGACAGAUGUUGAGCCAGAGGUUGCACCUGGUACCUCAAUUUGGCAGGGAACCAAAAACAAAAUUAUCCUUGAUCUGAACGUGGGCUACCUCAACACCAGAGAAACCACGAGCAUAGCAGGGGAGGGUCUAUGGACGACCAAGGUGUGGAUGAGUUCCUUGGCAGAUGGGUCCAAUGAACUCUCCGGCACUGUGGUGGAGGAGGCAUUGACCGAGGGACAGCAGUCCAAAAACUUGAAGAAAUCGUCAGCUGAGCUCUUUAGAAUCCCGGAGAUUCGAUACACGUUUGACCUGACGGAUCACUCUUGUGGUGACGCCAAGUACGUCUGUGCCAAAUUCAACAAAGGACCAAACGCAGAGGUGGAGAAGGACUACUUGGACUACCAUUUCAAGGCAGUCCCGACAGAGGAGGUUUUAACCGGAUGUACUGAAAUCACCGAAUGUAGAGCUUUACUGCCAUGCAAGGACAACAGCAACCGGAUUUCUCUCCACGGGGAAACCUACAAGAUGACUAAGUGUUCGUCCUGCACGUGCAACAAUGGCAUUCUCAGCUGCAUGUUUGAGUCCUGUCCACCAGCACAUUGUAGAAACCCAAUGCGAUUUGCGGAUGUCUGUUGUCGAGUCUGCCCUUACAACGUGACUGUGAAUCAGGUGACACCGGUGCUUCCCGGCUCUCAGUCCAUCCAAGAAGGUCGAGCGGAGAACGAUCUGUCAGUCAACCUAGACGUGCUGUACGCCAACACCAGAGAGACAACCAGCGUCGCUGGCCAAGGCCUGUGGAAGUCCUCCAUGUGGAUGAGCAGUCAGGAGGAUGGCGCGGUCCAGCUCCCCGGCACCCUGGUGGAGCAAGUCCUAACACAAGGUCAACAGUCCCAGGACCUCAAGAAACGAAGCUUUUUCUCCAGAAACUUCAACAUCAACGACAUCCGUUACCAGGUGGACAUGUCGGAUCUGACCUGCGACGAGGCCCGCUAUCUCUGCGCCAAGUUCAUGAAGGGGGACAACCCGGAGGUGCAGAAAUCCUUUCUGGAAUUCCACUUUGAGGCAAGGCCCAGUGAAGAUGUGUUGACCGGAUGCAGUCCAAUUGAGGAUUGCAAAGGUAUUCCUACAUCACUGAGCGGAUCUAAGAUAGCCGGUUUGCUGAGGAUUGGGAUGAAGGUCGUACGUGGAUCAGACUGGAAGUGGGGUGGUCAGGACGGUAGUCCGCCGGGAGAGGGCCGCAUCGUCAGUGAACUACGGAGUAACGGCUGGAUAACCGUACAAUGGGACUCAACGGGGCGCAGAGACGCAUACCGAAUGGGAGCAGACGACAAGUACGACCUGAAGCUUGUUGACCCUGCGUCUCUGGAUGGAUCGGUUCGGUUGGCGAAUGGCGAUGACGAAUUCCGCGGAGGGGCCAUUCCACACGAAGGGAGUGGCCUGUGAUGGGUCUGAGAGUCAACUGGCUGACUGCCCGUCUCGUUUCUUGAAGAAACGGGCUUGUAGCCACGCCAAAGAUGUUGGCGCCAUCUGUAGUCAGAAGUAAACUGUUCAGACGCAAGCAUUUAUUACGGUUUGAGAUGAUUUUAUACUCAAGCAAAGGUAGUCGGAAAAAAAUAUUCAGCGAGCUAAAAGUGUAAAAUUUAUAGCCGUGUAACAUUUCGUAUUCCUUAUACAGGGCGAGUCAAAAAGAAAGCGACCUGGAUUAAAUUUGAUGCACCAAUGAAGAAUGUCAUAAAGGGAAUGUUCUUCCACUCAUCUGAAAAAAAUUGCUGAAAUUGAUCUGAGCAAGCAGAAACUAUGCAUUUUUUACCGAAAAUAUCCUUUUUAUGGCUGUCCAUGGAAUACCAGUGGAAGCUAUUGAGUUGAGUGAGAAUUAAAGAUUAUGAACAGGCAUUCAUAAAUACCUAAGACAGUUUACGCAUUCCUAUUGGUCGAGAGCCAGUCACG